UCUUUGGUGUUCUCACUAGGUUCCGCCAAGAGCCUGCUGCUGUCAUGACUGACAUUCAGACAAUGUUCCACCAGGUCCGAGUGUCAAAAGAGCACAUUGACUAUCUCAGGUUCCUCUGGUGGCCUAAUGGUGACACUAGUCAGCCUCCAGUUGAACACCGCAUGUUAGUGCACCUCUUUGGUGCAGUGUCGUCACCAAGUUGUGCAAACUUUGCACUUAGGCAAACUGCUGAGGACAACAAGGACAUGUUCAAUCCAAACAUAAUCAGCACAGUUAACACUAACUUUUAUGUCGAUGAUUGUCUUAAGUCUCUCCCCUCUGAGCAGGAAGCAGUGCAGCUGGUGACAGAACUAACAUCUCUCUGUCAAAAAGGAGGAUUCCGACUGACUAAGUGGAUGAGCAACAGCCGGACCGUCCUGGGACACAUCCCAAAAGAGGACCGAGCCUCUGAGGUCAGAGAACUGGACUUGGACAGAGAUAAGUUGCCAAUUGAAAGAGCCUUGGGCCUGCUGUGGAGUGUUGAAGAUGACAUGUUUAAGUUCAACAUCAUUGUGAAGGACAAGCCUCACACACGUAGAAAUAUGCUGUCCAUUGUGAGCUCAAUCUAUGACCCACUCGGGUUUCUAUGCCCUCUCACUCUACCUGCAAAGUUGUUGUUACAGGCUCUGUGCAGAAGCAAACAUGACUGGGAUGGCAGAAUACCCCAAGCUGCAUCUGAGAAGUGGAGAAGAUGGAUUGAAGACCUGAGUGUGCUGGAGGACUUUGAAGUGGCGCGCUGCAUGAAGCCGCAUGGAUUCGAAACAGUCAGACAAGCUGAGCUACACCACUUCGCUGAUGCCAGCGAGCAUGGAUACGGCACUGUGAGUUACCUCAGAAUUACCAAUGACAGUGGUGACAUACACGUCUCCUUCAUGACUGGCAAAGCAAGAGUCGCGCCGAUGAAACAGAUGACCAUCCCACGUCUGGAGCUGGCAGCUGCAGUGCUGGCAGUUAAAGUGGACAAGAUGCUCAGGAAGGAGAUGGAGGUUCUCUACUCCAUCCUGAAAGAACAACAUCUUGAUGAUGAAGGUCUACAAACACUGCUGUGUGAAGUAGAAGCCAUCUUGAACAGCCGUCCCAUCACCACGGUGACGGAAGAUGAACGAGACCUGGAAGCGCUGACUCCGAACCACAUCCUCCUCCUGAAAGCUCAACCUGCAUACCCACCAGGACUGUUUCAGAAAACCGACUUGUACAUCAGAAGACGUGGCGGCCAGACUGCUACUUAUGAUGGUGUGGUGACGCGGCCCAGACGCUGUAGGGGUGCAAGGCGCAACAGUCAUUGA